ACGAUAGUCGGAAAAUAUUGCGAUACACCACUUUACAAAUGUAUACAUAUGUUUUCAUGUUAAGCAUUGAUGGCGUAAAAUAGUACAGUAUCAAAGUCCGGUUGGAUUUAUAAGCUUUUUGUGCAAAGUCUGGAUAACGAAACAAAAGAAGGAUGUGUGUGUAUAAAAAAAACGUCCGAUUUAAUGUGUUCCGUGUAUUUAGUAAUGCGCGGUGAAAAUAUUUAGCAUUGGGAAUACUUUUUCGUCUGGAUUUUAAGUAACAUGGGGGAUCGGUUUACCUAAGAAGUGCAAGACUAUUUGGCAGCAUCACGGAAUAUGAAAGCCAACCGUAAAUGAUGUCUUCGACAAACUCAAAUUCUGCAGAACAACAUUCAGAAACGGAACCUGAAAACUGCGUUGUAUGCGCCAUUAAAUUGGGACCACAACUAAACAACACAGUUCAUAACAAAAAUACGCCAAGAGAAAGACGAAGAUACGCAAUUACUUUGUUGCGAACAAUCGCCAAUUUACAAGCAAAUAGUGAGUGGAGUGAGCUGAGAGUAUAUUGUCGUCACAGAUCUAUUUACCUUAUUGCGAAAGCUAAGUGGCAAGAACACUGGUUCAAGAAUGUCAAACGACUUCCAGCAACUUUCAUGGGAUAUAUAGACACAUCGGGCGAAUUGAAGAUCUGCGGAAAAUCUCGCGACAACUCUCAAGACAUACAAUCUGCGUUCGCCUCAUUGGAUUCUUUCAUUAAACCUGAAAAUGUGUUUUAUAUCAAAUAUGACGAUUUAAAUAAACCCAUUUCAGUGCCUGAUUGCAAAAGCAAAGCGUCUCCAGAAUAUUCAGACAACAUUUCAGUAUGUGAUUGCAAGGGCAAGGCGUUUCUGGAAUAUUCAGACACGAUUGCAUUGUCUGAUUGCAAAGGAAAAGUGUUUCUUGAUUAUUCAGACACAAAUUUUUUUGACUGUUUUAAGACACAUGCUGGAUCGACAUUGAAUGUCUGUCCAACCAACCCACCUGAACAUAAUGUGCCUGCUCAAGAAGCCGAGCAAAUUGAACAGGAAUCACAUUCAGUUCAGGCAGAGGACGAAUCCGAUACUUUAAGUUCGAUAGCCCCCUCAUCUAGCACAAGAGAUUUUCCCAGUGAGCAUCGUGAUUUGUCUAGUUCCAAUCACAGACAUUUGAUUCUUCAUCCAAAUAACCAUGCGUAUUUAAGCUUUGGCUAUAAUAAUGGUGAUGGAAACUUUCGAUUUGACGGUCAAGAGUCUUACAGACAGACAGUACGAAAUGCUGAUGGUGUGUCAAAUGGCGAAUUGUUACCGAAUUGUCAGCAUGAACACGAUGAUAUAACCCCUCAUAACGAUUCAUUUCGACAAGGAAAUAACACACUUCAGAAUCCUGAGCCAAAUUACCCGACAGCAAAGUAUCCCAACUUCAGACACGAAGAGGUUAGGAGACAAUCGUUCUCUACUUGGCCAAGGACGCGGCCGUCAGCUCACGACUUUGCACCGCGAGGGUUUUUCUAUACAGGGAUCGGUGACCUAGUUAGAUGUUUCUGCUGUGGGAUUGGACUGAAAGACUUUUCGGAUACUGAUAAUUCGCUUAUGGAACAUGCCAAACAUUCGAGAAAUUGUGCUUUUCUCUUAGAAUUGUUCGGUAGCCGAGAACAAUUACAAAGAUAUACGCAAAGUGUUGCAACUCAAGAACCCGAGGAGAUCAGACGUCAGCAAAGGCAGCAAUAUAACAAUCUGCAAGGUCUCAAUGUAAAUGGAUAUAGAGCUAGACACGAACGGCUCCGCUCUCUUCAAGCUCGCCUUGACACGUUCACAAACUGGCCUUCACACUUGGCCCAAAGACCUUAUCAACUUGCCGAAGCAGGACUGUAUUACACCGGAGUUGACGACCAUUGUCGUUGCUUCGCCUGUGAUGGUGGUUUGAGGAAAUGGGAACCAGGUGACGAUCCCUGGAUAGAACACUGUCGAUGGUUUCCGGCUUGUCCUCAUGCGAUUGCAACAAAAGGGCGCGAUUUUAUUGACCUUAUUCAACUUUCAGCUGAUCAAGCUGCCGACCAUAACGCGUCUGAACCGCAAGAAGAAAUUGCAAGUCCCAUGGCUCGAAUUUCGAUUGAGGAUUCUGUAGUACAGAGAAUUACGGAUCGAUAUGACACUAUGCUGAAUGGAAGCAUGGGCUUUUCUCACGAAGACAUCAAACAAGCAGUUCUUGAAAUCGUUCAGCAAGGCAGUACAUCCCCCAACGUUGAAGACAUCGUUACACAAAUUGAAAUCAUUACGGAGAGAAACGCAAACCUUCAGGAGUUCCGUACGUCCCAGAAUGUCGAACAGACCGAAGAUGGACUUCUUGAAGAAAAUAACCGCCUUAAAAGAAUUCUGGUGUGCAUCAUUUGCAAAACGAAUCAAGUGAACAUUCUUUUCCUACCAUGUACUCAUCAUAAAGUUUGUCUUGAAUGCUCGAGAGAUAUCCACAGCUGUCCGGUGUGUAAAAGGACUAUUAAAGACAAGAUCCGUACUUACAUGUUGUAAGACCCAAACGGUAGGAAUAUUUUCGAAUUAAUUGCAGAUCAAUUAAUAAGAAUGGAAUCAAAGGACGCAUUUUCGAGCAUGAUAAAUAACCUACUGAGUUAGUAAAAACGUGUCAAAAUGUGUGACAAUACUGGAUGUAUUACCACGUCUCGUUAUCGCCGUUGUUAUCCUCGAUGGGAAGUGCGUUUGAAGGAAUUGAUUGCAAAAUAAAAUUGCGGCUUUGUGACCAUAAAUUUAUCUGUAAACUCCUGCAGCUUGGGACCGAAAGUGCAGUUUGGAGCUCCAUGAAACGGAAUUAACUUUCAAAUGCAUUGACAUGUCAGACCUUUUGGCGAUUUCUGGCUUUCCAUAGAUGAAGCAUUUCGAGAUAUUAUAUUAUUACUAUUUUUAAUGUGCGGCUGAGGUAUAAUUUGCUCAGUAUAAGGCUCAGGAGAGAAAUCCCUGUAUUUGCUUGUGCGACAUCUAUGCUUGUUCAUCAGAUUGACAUGAAAUAUCCCAAAAAUAUCAACACGAUGGUGGUUCAUGGAUCUGUUUGUAUACACAAGGUGAUCACACUCCCAGAGUUAAAUAACAAUGGUGAUUAAACUUAACGAAAUUCAUCAGGUAUAAAAUGUUUGUACCAACCGGUCCUGACUACUUAAACUUUAUUCCUUCGUUAGAGGGAACGCUUCAGGUUGGUUGAUAUAUUCAAGUUAUAUGUCUUCGGAUCAGUCAGUUACGUUGUUCUGUUUGAUGCAUUAGUACAAGUUAGUAUUAGCAAGAACAUAUUGCUCUUGUUAAUUACUUUAUUAGAACUAUUGCAUCUUCGACAUAAGUGUGAAUAGUACUCAUAAUAGUGUGAGCAGUGUCAUAUUAACAAAAAAUGUCAGUUGUUUGUUGUCUUACACGUUACAAAACUAUUCACGGAUUAAGUAACCCGCUUGAUGUGUUUUAAUGAUAUGCCAAUAAGCAUUGGAUACUUAUCCCACAAAUAUAGACUGAACGCCGAAUGUAUACGACCUUUUAUGUCUAAAUUGGCUUGGUAUUAGUCGUUUAUAUUGAUACACGGUAAAGGGAGAAUCAAUGUAUAUGAAGAUGUGUAAGAUACUGUAUAAAUAGUGAUUAGGUAAUUGAGUAAAGUCGUGCGUAAUGAUAA